AUGCACUACAGCUUUACAAAUGAGAGUAUGAUCAACUUUAAAAAUUUUUGACAAGAGGAUCAUGAAGGACAAGAAUCUAGAAAUACAAUUUUGCUUUCCAAACAAUAAUUUGUCAUGCUUCAAAGAAAUCAAACCUCAAACUGACUAUGUUGUAUUGUAUAUUUUCAUUUUUUUAGCAUCUGUUGUCACUGUGUUUUUGAACCUGCUGGUGAUCAUCUCCAUUUCUCACUUCAGGCAGCUUCACACUCCAACCAACCUGCUCAUUCUCUCUCUGGCUGUAGCUGAUCUGAUUGUGGGACUGAUUGUUAUACCAUUUAUGGGUAUUAGAUUCAUAGACUCAUGCUGGUACUAUGGAGAGACAUUUUGUUCUGUAUUUUUAUUCAUUACUUUUGCUGUUGUUUCUGGAUCUCUUGGUAAUUUAGUCCUUAUAUCUUUAGAUCGUUACAUUGCGGUGAGUGAUCCUCUAAGAUACACAGUAAAAAUCACAACUGACAGAAUUGUUAUUUGUAUUGUUGUAAACUGGCUCUGCUCUAGCAUAUAUUCUUUCAUUUUCUUAUACAAUUCUGUUUUCUACCCAGAGACACAAAAUGGGUGUUAUGGAGACUGCCGAGUUUCGUUCAAGUUUGAACAUUUUGUCACAGACCUCCUUGUCACUUUUGUCGCCCCUUCUUGUGUAAUUAUGUCUAUAUAUGUGAAGAUUUUUUGUGUUGCAAAACAUCAGGCAAAGGUGGUAAAUUCUGUGACAGGGGUCAGCAAGUCACAGCGAAAGGCAGGAAAAACUCUGGGUAUUGUUGUAAUGGUUUUCUUUAUGUGUUGGAUACCAUAUUAUAUUGUAAUUCUUAUAGAAGGAAAUGAACUAACAGAAUCUGUUGAGUUUAAUGUAACAUGCUGGAUAGUGUACAUGAAUUCCUGUAUGAAUCCACUCAUCUAUUCCCUGUUUUAUAAAUGGUUUAGAAUAUCAGCUAAACACAUUCUGACACUAAACAUUUUGAAACUAUCAUCAGAAUACUUCAAUCUUUUCCCUGAGGAUAAAUGAUGAAUUCCUCAGUCACUGAAAAAAGACCUUCUUUUGCAAUGUUCAUUGUGUUCUGUUUGAGUGUAUUUUAUGUAUAUCACUAAGUGAAAAUUAUCAACUAUCUGAUAAAUGGUGGUAAUUGCAUAACUUGGAACCAGUGCAAACAUGAGUUUAAUUUAAAUGUAUGAUUAUAUAAAGGGAAAAUGAGUUUAUUUACUUACAGAAUGCUUGAGAGUGCUUCACAUAAAAUGAAUUAAAGAAAACCCUUAAAAUAUGUGUGAAGAAAUAGUACUAUAACACAUCAGUCUUGGUCUCUAGAUUAAUUUUUGUUAAAGAAUAUGCUAAAAAAAACUCAUUUAAGAAAAAUAAUUUUAAGUUGGAAAAAUCAAUAUUCAGAGUUUUUAGCAUGACAGAGUUAGUGCUUGUAAUGGUAAACUUUUAGAGAAAGUAAUUAAAACAUAAGAGACUGUGACAGUUUGGAGACAAAACUGUGCUGUUCAACAAGUAAAUAUAUCUGUGAGCUUGACAGGCCCUGUCCACAUGAACAUAGGUUUUUCUAAACUGUACUUUUUUUCUACUCUGCUUUUCUGUUUGUCCAAAUAAAAACAGUAUCAGGUGACUGAAAUUUAAACCUUUCUGAAAACACUGGCCAGGGUGAAGAUUUUCCAAAGCGCCAAGUACAGUGUGGUCAUGUGGACACUACAAUAGAGGUUUUUGCCUCAUGAACUCAACAUUCAUGUUGUUCUCCCUUGUGAUUGACCAACAUAUUCUAUAGUCUUGAAGUGUAGGAAUACCCAAACAUCUGGUCCAAAGCUGCUGUCUUGUAAGAAAUAACAUAGUGGAACAUAUUUUGUUUUACACUCAGUUCAUCUUUAUUUCAUCAGCACUUUUUCAAUGUAGAUUGUAUCAAUGCAGCUAAACAUAGACAUUUUAGUAAAUUGAUAAUGUGUCAGUCCAGUGAAAAAGGGAUUAUUAGUUGUGUUAUAAAGUUAUAUCAAUCAAUCCUAAUACGAACAAAUGCAACAUAAAAUAUAAAUAAAAAGACAUACAAUACUA